AUGGCUCGUCCUAGGGGUGCGCCUUUUCGCAAGGGUCGCAUAGAUUCUCAGAAACCUCUGACGAACAACCCGUCGAAUGCGCCUCAGCGAGCCCCUAUCUCAAGUCUUCCUCUCCCUCCACCGCCAUCCAUUGAGGUCCCCAAAGAUACCCCUCGAUUUGAAGAACUCCGCGCCAAAAAUCUGGUCAAUCCAACCAUUCUCGAUACUCUGACCCACGACCUUCACUUCAAUCACAUGAUGCCAGUGCAAGCAGCGACCUUAGAGUAUCUUCUACAAGGAAAAGAUUGUUUGGCGCAGGCAAAGACCGGUACUGGCAAAACUUUAGCUUUCCUACUUCCUGCAGUGAACACCAUCUUGAAGAACAGAACCCGGUGCUUGUCCACACUGAUCAUCUGCCCUACAAGAGAGCUUGCACUCCAAAUUGCAACGGAGGCAAAGAAGCUGUUACAGAGAUGUCCGCAAUGUAAGGUGGCUUGCGCCAUUGGAGGGACGAACAAGAAUGCUGAAGCUAAGGCUAUUCUGAAUGGCUGCGACAUACUGGUUGCUACCCCAGGCAGACUUCUGGAUCACCUGAGUGAAGAAGAAAUUCAUCGCAAACUUGGCUCUCUUCAAAUUCUCGUACUUGAUGAGGCGGAUAGAAUGCUCGACAUGGGCUUUUUACCAGAUAUUAAGAAAGUCUUGAGAUAUCUUCCCAACCUUCCUCGACAAUCAAUGUUGUUCUCUGCCACAAUUGAUGACCAGGUGAAAAAUGUUGCGCAUCUCUUUCUGAACACAGGUUAUGAACAUAUCUCGACCAUCCCUGAGGGCGAAGCAAACACCCAUGAACGUGUACAGCAAUUUCUUGUCACGACUCCUAGCAUGAUCCAACAUGCCCCCGCCAUGGUCGCUGUCAUUGAGUCAGAGCUUGCCACCGCCAAAUUGUUCAAGGCCAUCGUCUUUGCUCCCACCGCGGCUCAUGUGGAUUUCUACGCCCACAUACUCACCGCGGUUGGUACUUUACCAAAAGUCUCGGUGCUUCAUUCCCGCAUGUCACAGACCAAGCGAACCCGCACUACUGAGGAAUUUCGCCAAGCUACCAAUGCGAUCUGUGUGGCAACGGAUGUUAUUGCAAGAGGAAUGGACUUUCCCGGUGUCACUCACGUAUUCCAGGUCGGACUACCAUCUGACAAAGAGUCGUACAUCCAUCGACUGGGACGCACAGCACGGGCAGAUGCGCAAGGUCGAGGAAUCUUGGUGCUGAGUCAAGUGGAGAAAGGGUUUUUGUAUCAAUUGAAGAACAUCAAGAUUCAGGACUAUCCCUCUACUCUCCAGUAUGGUAUUGAAGACAUCGAACCGGCGUUGGCCGACCUUGACGGCAAACCGAGGAUUUAUCAAGCGUGGCUCGGAUAUUACAAGACACAUAUGAAGUCUUUGAGAUGGUCCGCCACCGAGCUUGUGCGAGAGGCGAACCAGUUUGCACUUCAGGGUCUCGACUGUCCUGACGUGCCUGCCUUGGAAAAGUCCACGAUCGGAAAGAUGGGUCUGAAAGGAGUGCCCGGGCUCGUCAUCGCACCGAAUGCACCUGGGUCUAAUGAUGCUCGUCGACGAGGUGGCGGAGAAGGCAGAGGACAGGGACGAUUUUCGAAAAAAUAG